UGGCUUCAGCGGCCGCCAUGUUGUUGCGGGGCCCCGGGCCGGGCCGGGCCGGGGAUGGCGACGUCCAGCAGCAACUGGCUCUCCGGGGUCAACGUGGUGCUGGUGAUGGCCUACGGGAGCCUGGUGUUUGUGCUGCUGUUCAUCUUUGUGAAAAGACAGAUAAUGCGCUUCGCCAUGAAGUCCCGCCGAGGGCCCCACGUGCCGGUUGGACAACAUGCCCCCAAGGACCUGAAAGAGGAAAUUGAUGUUCGCCUCUCAAGGGUACAGGACAUUAAGUAUGAACCCCGACUGCUGGCUGAAGAUGAUGCCAGGCUCCUGCAGCUGGAGACACCAGGAAGCCAAUGUUGCUAUAACUACUUGUACAGAAUGAAGGCACUGGAUGCAAUCAAAGCUUCUGAGAUCCCAUUUUAUGUAGAAGGCCGACACCCCCAGUCCCUAAUGGGAAAGAAUUUCCAUGCCUACCUGUUGGAGCUGAGAAAUUCCAGCACUCCAUUCAGAGGUAUCCGCAAAACCUUGAUUGACACCCUCCUGGAUGGGUAUGAUACUGCACGCUAUGGGACAGGGGUCUUUGGGAAGACGGAAUAUCUGAAGUACCAGGGUGCCCUGACUGAGCUCGCGAACAUUAUCAAAGCGCGAGGAGGCAGCAGCCAGAGGCAGCACCAGUCAGCAGCGAAGGACCUCACGCUCUCGCCUGAUAUCUCCAACCCAGCCACCAUCCAGGUCACCUACCUGCCUUCCAGCCAGAAGAGCAAACGUGCCAAACACUUCCUGGAGCUGAAGAGCUUCAAGGACAACUACAACACGCUGGAGAGCACCCUGUGAGCUGUGGCAGGAGUGCUGCUCCUGGGACCUGCCACUGACAGCCCCUUGCUGCGUGGGGCAAGUCACAAGGGGCGUUUGGCAACAGUCCGUGUCCAGGCGGCAGCUGGAAGGCGGGAAGUCACUGGGCUCAUGGGUCACUCUCUGCUGCAUGGAGUUGGAUUUAACAGCGACAUCAUGCUGGGGAUACCUGGCCUCUGGGCAGGAGGCCCUUUCCAAAGCCGUGUACUGGCUGCAGAACAGGGAGCUGAGCAGCAGCCGGCAUGGACCUUGUGGUUUGGGCUCUAAAGAGAUUCCAGACGCAAUCCCGUUUGAGUGGCUAGUGUCUCUCUGGAGCCCCUAGCCCUGUGAACAGAACAUUUGAGUAGCUUGAGCUUAUUUAUAAAAGACACUGCUCCAGGGCAGUGCUCCUGCACCUCUC